AUGUCUAAAGCAACCGACUCUCUCCUGAGAUAUGAAAAUGCCGUGUUGGUCAGAACAGGUACUGAAGGAAAACCAACUAAGGGACGCCCUGUACGAGUGAGUUCUGAGCAACAUGGUGACUUGAUGCCCAGUCCACCUCCUCUAAGAGAAAAGUCAUCCUCCCAUGAUGCUGCCACUGCCAACCAGGAACUGCUAGACUUCAUCUUUCCACCCAGGCAAUGGAAAAGGGGGAAUGAACUAUGGAUGCAGAAAGUGUCCAGUGCACCUUGUACCAGAGCAGAAGUUAAAAGCCUCGGAGAACUCCUGGAAUUGAAGCUGCAGGAGAAGCAGGGCAAAGGAAUGGGUAUCUGCCCCAUCCGCAGGGAGCUUUAUUCCCAGUGUUUUGAUGAGCUUAUCAGACAGGUUACUGUCACCUGUGGUGAGAGAGGUCUGCUGUUGUUGCAAGUUAGAGAUGAAAUUCAAAUGACCAUUGGUACCUACCAAACACUGUAUGAGAGCGGCAUAGCUUUUGGCCUGAGACAAGCGCUACUGGCUGAGCAGGGCAAGGAGGACAUGAUAAAAAGAAUUUCGGAUCUGGAGGAUGAGAAACAAGAUCUGAUCAAGCAGCUAAAUGAACAGAAAGCUCUGUGUGAUGCAAUUGAAAAGAGAGAGGCUGAAAAGAGACGAAUGGUCGAAAAGAAGUACAAUCAUGACUAUGAAUCCUUGAACAAAUCCCACCAACAGCUCAAGGCACAACUGGAAGGAGUAAUUACACCAGCAUAGUAACACACCAAGCGCCCAUUGCCACUUCCCCAUCAAGGCUAUUGAAACAUUUGUCUUAUUUCUAUAUCUGCCAAAUUAACAUGAGCAAAAACUGAAUUCUGAACAUUUUAUUUUUCUUGAGAGAAUGACAUGACAAGUACACUUAUAUCAACAACAACUGAACACAUCUCUUGAAUGUCAAGAGAGCGGUGCACAAGUAAUUGAUGAACAAAAUGUUAUUGCAAAACAGUUCUGGUUUGAAGUGGAAAAAGUGAAAAGAGAAUACAGUCAUUUCCUUGUGUUUAAGGAAGAUAUCAACAAGGCACCCUGAUAAACACAGUUCAACUCUGAGCGUCACUCUUUUUCUUAACCUGUCACUAGUAAAGUAACCUUUUUGGUCAAAUUAAAUAAACAUUUCUUGCAUAUAUUUGCAUGGAUGUUUCUUUUAUGUCGAUCUCAUUAGUGCUUUGAUCUUUUUGCCCUCUGACCCUGCGUGGCUGAUGCUGGUAUCUUUCUGUUUUUGUUCUUAUUCUUUACGUUGUGU